AUGGAAGCGAAGGCUCCCCCAAUGGACGCGCUCGGCGUCAGCCUGAGGCCUUCGGCUAUCUUUCCCGAGCGACAGGCCAGCGUCCAUAGCAGCCGGAUCAGCGCUUCCAGAGAGCCGACUCGGAGGGCGGCAUCGGGAGCCUACAAGCUCAUGACGGCCGCCGUGAGGUGAGGCAAAAGGCAGAUCCAUGUCGGUGUGGUCCUUGUGCGGCAUUCACUGUUCUGUGUUUGUUUGUUUGUUUGUUUGUUUUGCAUGCAGACGCUUCUCUGUCCUUCGGUCUUACACGCCUGCCGCCCUCAGCCCCGUCUACUCAAGAGCCAGAAGUUUUUUCUCGAGCCUUCGGCCUUCGUUCUUCUCGCCCGGCGCCACGGCUGAGAGAGAAUCGGCGCGACAGACGCCCACAGACGGCACGCCUGGCCUGAGCAAGGGAGGGGUGGACCUGUUCCCGAGCUGGGAGAAGGAGAAUGAGGGCGCCAUUGAUAGAGAGCAGGUCCAGUCCUUUCUCGCGGCAGCAAGAAUUGCCCCCCUCGCGCCACCACCGCAUCCACUUGGCAGGCGGCUGUUCAUUCCUGGCAGUGCGAAAGCCGUGUCGCUCUCGCGCAACGGCAGAUGGCUUGUCCUGGCAAUGAUUGAUGGCCACGUGUUCGUCUACGACGCUCUCGAGCGAGAGAAGCUAUUCGAAGACAGGAUCCAUAUCGAUCAGCGGCGCAAUAAGGGAGGCGGCCUUGCGAUCUCGGAUGACGGGAGUCGCGUGUGUGCGCUGGACGGCCAGGGGGGGCUCCACAUGUGGGACGUCAAGACGAGCAAGAAGGUCGCGGGGGUGAAUGAAGGCGGUGGCUGGAUGUCUCGCAUUCUGUCGGACGUUCAGAUGGACUCAAGAGGGAAGAUCAUCCUCACGGGUACAUGACAUUCAAUAAUUGCUCAUUGAUCAAAUGUAUGUUUUGUCGGCUCCUCUUGCCCUCAGGAGGAGACGAUCUGGCUGUAUUUGCUUUCGCGGACGGGAACUUACUCCACCGACACGACUGCGGCUCUCCUGUGCGGUGUCUCGACCUUUGCGGGGAGAGCGAAAGAGUCAUUUAUCCGCGAUCGGCCCUGUCUCCAUCCUCGUCCACAACCCCCUCGCCAAUCUUGCAAGCGAUAGCCGCGCCCAGCCCGGCGCCAAGUCCGUCGUUGUCCAUCAUUCGCAUGGCCACGCAGGAACUCCGACGAGACCUGCGACCCGUGUCCUCGGUGCCAUUCUCCGCUGUGUGUGGUGUGGAUGAUGGGAGCAUCCGGCUUUUUGACCUGAUUGACCUGAACGAGUACCGUGUCAUCAGGGGGCACGCGGGGCCUAUCAGGGCCAUCGCGGCGUCGAAGAAUGGUCGAUUCAUCGCCACUGUGGCGCAACGGACAGGCGUACUCAAGUAGGCUCAGGACCUUGUGUGGUCACUCCUUUUGAUGUCGCCUUUUCUUUCAAUUCUGUUGCAGGCUAUGGCAAGGUGUGAGUGGAUGUGAGGACAAGGCUUUGCAGCCCCACACAACAGACAAGGAGCCAAACGACUCGCCAACCUUUUUCACCUCGGUGGCCAUCAACGACGACGGCGAGACAGUUUAUGCCGGGGACCGCACCGGUGGGGCUCACCUCUUCUCGACCGAGACAGGCAGCGAGGAAAGGGACCUCCGACUGCACGAGGGAGAGGUGAGAGCGGUUGCGAUGAGUGGCGACGGCGGUAUCCUUUGCACACUCGGCAGUGACGGUUGCAUGUGUUCUGCUCGCAUUCCGAGCGAGGAAGUGCAGCUACCUGGGCAUACGAAUAAAGUGCGGCACCUCGUCAUAAGCGAGAACGGCCAAGUGGUGGCAUCUGUGAGUGAUGACAAUGACCUCAAGUGAGAGGGAGACGGGUUCUCUUCGUCAGCACACACUAGGGAUGCCUAUGCUUAUACACGUCAGGGUGUGGUGCGUCAAUCCCUUAACGUCAUCCGGCGGAUCUGCUCACCCGCUGACGGCGCUGGACAAUGCCGAUGACGCCGUCGAGAGCUGGUGCCAGUUUCCGACUUCAAUCACAGCCCUUGCAAUGAGCGUAAAGGGGGACUUCCUCGCCCUUGGUGACACUGAUGGCUACGUUUGUCUUCAUUCGACGGCAUCCCUUAUGGCUGCUACCCAGAGCUCGCCCACGAGCAACAGCUGCAGCCCAACAGCCGACCGCAUGACCUUCUCAGUCCACUCAUCUUCGCCACACCAAGACGACUCACCCCCAAGCCUCAACAGCAACUUUGCAGCCCGCACACCCCCAAGCGAGCAGCCUUCGGUGCCGCCGAUGCCAUCGCCUGGCAGCGAGAUUUCGGGGGGGAUGCGGAAGAGCCUGCGGUUCACCGUCACUUCCCCAGACGAGACCGACGGGGACAAAGACAAGAACAAAGAGACAGCACCGGCGCCAAGUCGUGGCAAAGGUGACGACGCACCGGCUUUAAGGCGAGCGCCGUCGUUGCGGUUGCCGCUUGGAGGCCGAGAUGGGAAGAGAGAGAGCGAAGUGGAUGCAGCAAAGCCGCCCCAGCCAUUGGUCAAGUGGGAGGCACACGAUGACUGUAUUAGUGCUCUCGCCAUGCAGGUACGCGUAUUCACGCCAAGAGGGCGGUGAGGGAGGGCCAUCGUCCCAUUGCGUGUGUUGAAUGCGCUGGUAGACGAACAAGCGGAUCGUGAGCGGUUCGCCGGAUGACACCUCCGCUGUGUUUGUGUGGGACGGCCUGAGUGGCGAGGUGGUGGCACGCUGCGAGGGCGAGAUGGGCCAGGUCAACGGUGUGGCUAUCAACAUGGAGGCGAUGAUUGUCUUAGCCGUUGGCGACCAAGGAGACCUCAGAAUCUGGGCAGCGGAGACCGGCGAGCCUUUGUGUGUGAUCCUCUCUGCACAUGUCGGUGAGGCCAAUUGCCUGUGUCUUUCCCGCGACGCCCUCACCGUCGCAACAGGAGGGGACGAUGCCCUCAUCCGUCUGUGGAGGGUCGAGCAUCAGCCACAAACACCCAAGGGUGCCAAGUCACCGAGACACCACGAACAUCCCCCUUCUAUCGACCUGACGACACGCGAGAGGCGGUCCUCGAUCAUGCUUCCGCCAGUCGGAGGAGGGGGACGGCGUCGAUCGUCCGUCGCCGUCCCUCCCCCCGUCCAGCGGCCGCAUCGACUAUCCAAGACCCGCAGCCCAAAAAGCGGGGGUCAGAGGAGCCCUAAGUCGGCAAGCAGGCGGAUGCAGCAGGCGUCCACUCACACUCUGUUCACGCCGACAUCCAAGGGGGACAGGCGGCCGUCCCUUGGGUCCAGGGGCUCGAAAGACCGGCGCCAGUCGAUUGGAGUGGCAAUGCGUGAGAGACGGCACACACGAGGACGACCUGUCGUGGCUGAUGUGUCCUUACCUUUUGACGUGUCUGCAGUGGCUGGAACGGUCAUUGAUAAGCCUCGGCCCUUCCGUGUGCUCCGCGGGCACGUUGGUCCUAUCGCCUGCAUCUCCUGCGACGACACAUGCCACCUGCUGGCGUCGGUGGCCCACGAGGACGACGGCAUGGUAUUCAUGAUGCGAAUUCCAUCCCAUCGCCUCCGAGUCUCCUAUUUCUUUUGUGUCGUGUCUUAUGGACAAGGUCUUCCUGUGGGAGUCUACACAAGAGACACCCAUACAGGUCGUUGAUAGGCACUACCAGUCAAGCACGCUGCAAGUGGCCCUGACCAGUGGGCGUCUCGUGGCGACUGCCGACAGACGAGGCCGCCUGCUCCUGUGGAGGGUCAGCUCCAGACAUUGUUCAUUGAUUUGCACUGGUGGACUCACUGAUUUGCCUGUGCAGGUGAAUGACAGCCUUCUGUUCCACUGGCAGACCAUCAUCAUCAGAUUAGAACAGCUCUGGUCCAAGGCCAUACAGACGAGAUAUGACGUGCAGUUUCACAUGGACUCCCACCUGAACUUGCGUGCCGUUGAGGGCAUUCGCAGUGCGGAGGCGAUGCUGGCAUUGGAACGAGAUAACAUCAUCUCGAUGCUCCGCGCGAACAAGUCCCUGGCCUGUCAACGCCUGUGGCCCGUCAACCACUCCCUGGUCACUUACCUCGUCCAGAUGGGCAAUCUCCCGGGCCUACAACUGUUGUUCGAAGCCGUUGGAGCGACACCGACUGGCUUUCUGCCGACGGUCAUGAAAGAGACGGCCUUGGACAUCGCUUUGAGGCUCCGACAGUACGAGGCGCUUGACGUGAUGCUCAACGCUGCCAGGCAGUGGCGCACCAAUACCAUGAGUGAACGUGUCUCCGCCGCGAUUGGUACGAUCGAUGCGCAAGGUCUGCUCACCCUUCUCUUCUUUCUAUGAUGCAGUGCGUCUGCUGCCCGUGGAGCUGAAGCAUCUGCCUGCAUUUCUCGAUUCUCGUCUGCGGUCGCCGUCUCGGGUUGCUGGCGAGAAUCCGCCUCAGGUGACAGACAGAGUGUAAUAUGCAAAGGAGACAUGCAAGCGGAAUUUCUUUCAAUUGUUCUUGACGCCUCAGGUGACAGUGCUCCCCGGCAGCGCCCUGAAGAGCAUCCACGCACACCACCGGGCCAGCAAGUCGCUGCGUGUCGAUGGGGCUGACGCCCCAGGCAUGACGCCUGAGGAGUACUCAGCUCAUCUCGCUCCGCAGUUCAGUGAUGUGGACCGCAGGCGGCCGCCAAGGCAGCCUCUCCACAAGGAGCCCUCCACGUUUCCUCCGAGCCAGAGUCGCUUUUUGGGCCGCAUCAGUCUUGUGAUGGCGCAACGUGCGGCUGAAGAUGAGGAGGAAGAGGACGACUCUCCGUCCCACAGGGGAAGCUGGAGGGCCAAAGCCGACACGGGAUAUCAACACAUUGACAUAAGACAUUUCGGUGAGAGAUACAUGCGAACCGUCGUCGAUAGGUGCGCCAGUGAUGGGUGUCGUUUCGCUGGAUUACUGCAGAUCUUCCAAACAUCAUGAACCCAACGGUGAGCGGUGGCUUCCUGCGGCAUCUGAACCAAGCUAGUACACAGGACCUCUUCCGCACCCUCACUGUACGCGCCAUCCUCUCAUUCAAGUGGCAGGUGCGCUUCCCUCGCUUCUGCACAGAUCGUCCGCGCAAAACCUACGUGUCUCCGCGUGCUGAACUGCAGAAAUACGGCGGCCCUAUGUAUCGCCGGCGGCUGCUGCUGCAGCUGCUCUUUUUGUUGGUGUUCUUCAUCCACUCAUGCGUCAUCGUCAAAUAUAUGGGAGACGACUGGCGAGAGACAGUCAGGGUAUGACGGCAAAGCACAGCGCAGCACAGCCACAUUGUAUCUCGUCUGUUUGCUCUGUGUGUCGCACAUUAGAGUUGGAAUCCGAUGUGGGGGUGGAUCACCGCCGCCGCGCGACUGCUGCUCAUCAUUUUGUCGCUCUUCCUCGGACUCAAGAUACUUUUGCUCGUCAGAAAACGGGUGAGUGAGCGAGAGCCAUAAAGUGAUGACAACAUGACGACAUUCGUAUCGUUUCCUGUGUUGGGCCGACAGCACUUUAGGGCGUUCUUUUCCGUGUGGACUUGGUUGGACAUAUCUGCCUGUGUCUUUGUCAUGGCCUUCAUUAUAUGUGAAUACCUCGAUUGCGACAGGAGGUGGGCGAUGUAGUUAAUGGCACAUCAUUCGGUCCGUCUCUCAUUUCCCUCGUGGCUCUGCAGCGUCGAAGCCAUGCUGUCGUCUAUCACGGCGGUGCUCCUGUGGUCGAAGAUGAUAUAUUUUUGCAGGGGAUUUGAGGGCACUGGUCACCAGAUCAGAAUGAUACAGGUAACUGAAUCAUGGUAUAGGGCUGACGGACAGGACAGUCAAGUGCAUGGAUGUGUCACGUGUCGUGCAGGAAGUCGUUUACGACAUGAGACAUUUCAUAGCAGUGAUGCUUAUCAUGAUUGUGGGCUUUGGUCACGCUUUUCAUGUUCUUUAUUUACACCCAGGUGCCGCUUACAAGAGACACAUUUACGCGCACUGUAUAAAGAUGACUUCACUUUUUUUGCAGGCUACUCGCGUCCCUCCCAGUGGGUUGAGGCCACGGCCGUCUCGUCAACGCUCAUUUUUCUGACCAGUAUUGGCGAGUUCUACGAAGACGUUGUUUCCCCGGAGAUUCAGGUACGACAGGACACACACUGCAACGGCCGCUUGAGUUUUGUGUCUCCAUAACUGCUCACAGGAUCCGUCCCCGCACUUCUUGAGAGGCUUCCUCAUCUGCGUUCUGUUCGUGCUGGCGACCUUCUUUGUGACGAUCGUCAUGUUCAACCUGCUCAUUUCCAUCAUGGGUGACACCCACGACAGAGUCAAGCUGCAGGAGAUCGUGGCGCAGAACCGAGAGAGGGCCGAACUGCUGCUGGAAUACGAACAACAAGUGGUACUCCAAACAGAGAAGGAGAGAGACUCCCACGUGACCCAUUGAUGCAUCUGUGUACAGCCGCGUGGAGCAUCUUCUCUGUUCCCACGUUAUCUGUUUGUCGGCCUGGUUGGCAGCAGGGGGCUGCAUGAGCUGGACGAGCAAGACGAAUGGGAAGGUGAGCCGCCAGUCGAGGCGAGAAUGAACAGCGUGAUAGGCUAUGUCCGGCGGCGGUUGGUGUGUUUCUACAGGUCGGCUUUCUCAGAUGAAGAAGGCCGUUCGGGCUGAGCUCGCCGAGCAUCAGCAGAACGUCGACAAGAGACUUGAAGUGGUCAGCAAGCCUAAGCCGAGAGAAGGAGAUGUCUUGAUUGAAAGAUAUGUGCAUGUCGUUUUGUGCAGUUGCGUAUGAGCAACCGUGAUGCGGUUCGCCGGUCGAUCCAAGAGGCACUAGCUGAGGACAUGGCAAGUCGGCUCGAGGUAAGCCCACAUGAGACACAGACUAAUCAAAAGAGACCAAAGAGACAUGAAGAGAUUCGUGUUUGCAGCCGGUGCAGCAGACGGUGCUGGCUCUCCAAGUGCAGCAGGAGGACAUCCAGGCCUCUUUGGGCCAAAUGACUGACGCGUACAACCAAAUACACAGCCACCUGUCGAUCAUCACCCACGGCCUGAACCAGCUCGGCCUCUCCUUGCCACCGCCGCCCACACAAGUCGACAGCGACCACACUCUCAGCGACGAAGACACACUGGGAUCUGAUGACCACGUGCGGCCCGCCAGCGUGUUCUCGCCCACGUCUGCCGAGGGCGUCCCGCGUAUUCUCGUCACCCAGUUCGGCACCACCCGCUUCGGCACGCAACAGACACCUGAUGGAACUGGUGGCAACAGGGGCCCGGACACCGAGGAGACGACGCGAAGAUGGCGGAUAUUCGACGUCUUCAGGACAUCACAGCAACACGAGCAGUCGCCCAAACACAGUGCAGAGCCUGCAGACAGCCGCAGGCCGUCGAGAUCGCUUCACUACGAGCCCGCGGGUAUGAUGCGUAGGAGCCUGACUGAGAAGUGA